GGAAGGUAGGUGGUGGGCGUGGUGUGGAAAGUGGAAAAGUGAAUGCAGGUGAUAGCGGAGAAAAUGAUUGUCAGAUGGAGAGUGGGGGUGUCCUAUAUUCGUGCUCAGUACGUGUCUCAUCGUGUCAAGACAGUUUGGUGAUGGUUUGUGUAGUAGUUCAAAAAUGUUUUAACGUGACAGUGAGCGAAGUGCCUGAAGUGUAUUCGUGCACCAUCGGCGUUAUAGAUAUCUUUUUCAACAAGUGGUGAAUCCGGAGAAAUCAUGUUUUAGUGAGUCAUAGGUGCAGAAACCGGUUUUAAUUUUCGGCAGUAGGUUUGUGGAACCCACAGCGCUUCCUCUUAAACAUUCACGUUUGUUUCGUUAAAGAGGCGCAGAAAACUGCUUUCACACCUGCCUCACGAUGGAGAUGAGGGAAAGGACAAAACAUGAAAAAUCUGUAGACUCUGAAGAAGUUAAAAGUACUUCAUUGGCUGCCACCAGUUUAAAAUCCCACCCAUCCGUUUACAUUAUUUUUGUGUCUCUGCUUCUUGAUUUAUUAGCUUUUACAAUGAUACUCCCACUGUUACCAUCACUACUUGAUCAUUAUCGACAAAAUGACAAGCCUGAUGGGUUGUAUCCUUGGCUACUCAGUAAAAUACGUUAUUUUCAACAGAUUGUGGGUGCUCCGGACAGAUUUAACUCUGUCUUAUUUGGCGGAUUUUUAGGUUCAAUGUACUCAUUCCUCCAGUUCCUAGCAUCUCCACUUGUUGGUGGAGUAUCUGAUGUUUAUGGCCGUAAGCCAGUAAUGCUUGUCUGCCUUAUUGGAAUUUCAUUUUCUUACGUGCUGUGGGCCUUGUCGAGCUCAUUUUUGCUUUUUGUUUUUGCAAGAAUUAUCGGAGGAAUAAGCAAGGGAAAUGUUAGUCUGUCUAUGGCAAUCAUUACUGACAUAUCAUCAUCUGCUACUAGAGGACGCGGGAUGGCCCUUGUUGGUAUUGCCUUUUCUGUUGGCUUCAUAGUUGGUCCUGUGAUUGGAGCCAUGUUUGCAAGGUGGGCACAAGGCCAGUCUGGUGACUGGUUUGUCACUCCGGCACUGUUUGCUUUUGGAUUAUCGCUGCUUGAUGUGUUAUUUGUUACGCUGUUUUUUAAGGAGACUCUGCCAAAGAACAAAAGGGCAAGUUCUGUGGCUGGAAGCUUAGGCCAAGCAGCUGCAUACAUCAGCAUUCCGGAUUUAUUUCUCUUCAGGGCUGUUAAAAACAUCUCAAAAGAAGAUUUAAGAAAGCUACAAACCUUGGGUCUUAUUUACUUCGUAUAUCUGUUUUUGUAUUCUGGUUUGGAGUUUACUCUGACAUUUUUGACCCAUCAUAAGUUCAACUAUACUUCCAUGCAACAAGGUUGGAUGUUUUUUGUCAUUGGUUUGACAAUGGCCGUCAUGCAAGGAAGCUACGUUCGCAAAUUACCUGAACAUAAAAUUAAGCCAACAGCAGUGCUGGGCCUAUUACUAAUUGUACCAGCAUUCAUCGUCACAGGAUUAGCUACAUCUGUCAUAGGCUUGUACAUUGGGCUCCUGCUGUUUGCUGUCUCCACAGCAAUGGUUGUCCCUUGUAUGAUGACACUAGCCUCAAAAUAUGGGUCUCAUGACCAGAAAGGAACUGUUAUGGGCAUCUUCAGAUCAUUAGGAGCGUUAGCCAGAGCUGUUGGACCUAUAAUUGCAUCAAUAGGGUAUUGGAGUAUUGGUUCAACACCCACGUACAUCAUGGGUGGAACUUUGUUGUUGUGGCCAUGGUUGAAACUUAAGACAAGCAACAUUUAGUUGUGAACUCCAUCCCUGAACAAAAGUUUUGCCUCGACAACAUCAUGGACACACACCUUCAGGAAGGAUACUAGUCGAAUGAACAGAACUGCAUGUCCUAUUGAAUGCUGUGAAGACCGUAGUAUGCUUACAAGGUUUUUUUAAUGUAGUGCACACAAAUAAUAGUGUGUAGUAAUUAAUAGGCAAGAAAAAGCUGAAGUGCAUUUCAGAUUAAGGACUUUGUGUAAUAUACUUAAAGUAGUUUUCAUUCUCCUUGCACUGUGGUGAAUCUACGGCCCAGUUUUCAUUAUGUAAGAAAACUUAAUGUGGUCAUUCUUGUGUUCAUUAACUUACUUUCUAAAAAAUUAGGAAGUUAUCUGAUACUACUAUAAUUUAUUACAUUAUUGCAUUAUACUAAUUUCAGUGUUCUGUUUAAGAACCUACUUCCAGUAUUGUAUCAAAUACAUUAAAGAUGAGUGAAAGUUUACUACAGUAUUGUGGCAGCAGGACAAGAAUUGGCAACCCAGUUAAAGCUGGUGAAAUUAAGUUUCACAAUUGACAGUGGGCACAAAUUUUACCAACUCAUAAUUUUAUUCAUGUCACCACCUAUCUCUGAUGUAUUCUUUGAGGAAAAUCUCAUUUAGUUUAUUAUGUAUUGUUUCACUCAUUGUGAAUCUAUGUAGAGGCCAAACGGAGAGAUCAUAAUUGGUGUUCUACAUUAUGUCUUUGCAGAUAAUGUGUUAGCAGUAUUACAAAAAAUAAUUUUCGUCUGUCUUUAAAAUUUUUUCCUUUUCUGUUUUUUCUCCUCGUAUGUUGUAACUUUGUUCUAUCCAUAGAUUAUUGGUUUUCCUUCAUAUAUGUCAUUUAUUCUGUGGAGUUAUUAUUUUCAAUUUGUCUGUUCACAAUGGUUUUGUUGUUAGCUAGCUCUGCCACUUGGCUUUAAUGAGUAAAAUUGUAUGCACCAUCCUCCAUGUUCUUUCUACAUGGCAUUAUUCUUGUCCGCAUGUUAAGUGUGUUCACUUCAUUUCUUCUGAUUUAUGAACUUCAUUUAUAGUAUGUAUGUGAGGAUAGUGGUUGCACGUAGCUUCUUAUGGGUACUGUAGACUGACUGACAACUGAAAAUUUGUACCUUUUUUAUGCAAUGGGAUCUUGUUUACUUUGAAGUAUAUUUUACAAAACUGUCCAAUCAUGUAUCGUACACUUUCUACAUUAACUUUGUAGUGUUGUAUUAUCCCGCGAGAGUGCCUUCUGAAGUUCCCCAUCUUGUAUACAAUUACAGGGUGUUGUGUGGUGUGUUGUGUCCAGUUAACUGAAGUUUGACUUCACGUUUCCUCCAUUGGUUCUUAUUUAGUCAAAAAAGAUGAGAAAGUAUGAACUUGCAUGUACAAUGAUCAAAUUCUGUUCCAACAAUCAAUUUAAAUGCCAUAAUCGGGAAUGUAUUUACUGCAAUAUUAUUAUUAUUAUUAUUAUUAUUAUUAUUAUUAUUAUUAUUAUUUGUGCUGUUGUUACUGCUGUUGUAAUUACUGUUUUCAGUAUUUAUUUGCUAUAGUUGUAUACAUCAAAAUUAGAUAUUGGAAUUAUACAAAUUUUGAAAGCAUUAUUUAACGAUAAAUUCUUUUGUGUGUGUGUGUGUGUGUGUGUGUGUGUGUGUGUGUGUGUGUGUGUGUGUGUGCGUGUGCGUGUGCGUGAGUUUAAAGAUAGUAGCAACAUUAGAAAUAGUAACAAAGAAUUAUUGUCAAAAGUUAUUGUUAUUUUUUAACCAAUGUUUAAUGAGCCUAUUACUGUAUGUAAAAAAGAAGAAGAAGAAGGAGGGUUAUGGUGUUUCAUUAGAAGAUGAAUUGUGAUACUUACAUAACCUCCAUGAGUGACUAUUAAUUCCUCAUUCAUUAGACAGUACAAAAUUAAGAGGGUGCGCUGAAAAGUAAUGCUCCAAAAUUUCAUCUGUGAAAAUUACGGCUUUUUAAAUAAAACAAAUUUUGUUAACAUGCUGUAUCUUUAUUCUUCAUGUCUACAUGUUUAUUUCUCAACAUGUUCACCUCAGCAAUUAACACUUCUUCCGACAUGAGAUCAGUUUGUUGAUAGCAUCAUUGUAGAAUGUCAGUUGAUGGAGCAGUAACUCCACCUGUGCUUGCACCACUUCUCUACUAGCAAAGUGAACUCCUUGAAGGUGUUCUUUUAAGUUCUGGAAACAUGUGAAAAUCAGAUGGGGCAAAGGUGGAACUGUAUGGAGAAUGAUCAAUGAAAGUGAACGCAAGUUUCAGAUUGUUGCAGGUUUCACAGUGCUUGUGUGAGAUCUAGCGUUGUCAUGCUGAAGCAGAGGUACUCCAUGUAUGGACAAAGUCUUCAAAUUCGAAAACUGAUUACAGCAUGCUAUCAAGUGAAGUGGCACAGUGGUUAGCACACUGGACUCGGAUUCAGGAGGAGCAUAUUUCAAACCCGGGUCAAGCCCCCAGAUUUAAAUUUUCAGUGAUUUCCUUAAAUCAGUCCAGUCAAAUGCCAGGAUAGUUCCUUCAAAAUGGCACAGCCCUUUUCCCUCCCCAUCCUUGACACAAUCCAAGCUUGUGUUCCUUCUCUAAUGACCUCAGUGUUGAUGGAACAUUAAACUCAAUCUUCCUUCCUUACUUUAUUUACAGCAUGCUGUUUCUCAUGCACCUACAUAGUUAAUUUACACACUGCAAUUCAAAGCCCUGUUGCAGCAGCAGUGGGGUGCAAAUAUGUAGACAUGGAAAAUAGAUUUAGUGUGUGAAUAACAUUUAUUUUAUUUAAAAAGCUUUGAGUUUUCACAAAAAUUCAGAGGCAUUACUUUCCAGUGUGCCCUUGCAUAUAGAUAUGGGGAGAACUGUAAUAGUUAACAUGUAUAAAAUAUUAUACCCCUACCCUCCAAAUUGCAAUUUGCUGGUUCAUGUAAGAUUUUUUUUUUGUGUUAUAUGGAUUCCUCAUUGAGAAGUUCUGCUCAGAAGUGAUGUUUGUAUAGUAUCUAUAAUUCAGCUGUUGGUGCCCAAUUCAGUAUUGAUCAGCUCUGCUGUAGACUGACUUGUUGUUUACCUUUGUAUACUGUAUUUGCAGUUUUAAUAAAACAAAUUGUUAUGCACA